GUCGGCAUACCUCUCCGACAAAAACCAAACCGAAAAUAUCUUAUUUCCCCCGUCUAUCACUUUUGGUCGGCGAUUCAGAUCGUCGCGACAACCUCUGUAGUGUUUUUCUUACUAGAGAUUUAUAUCGUUAGAUAAGCUAGGGUUUCCUGAUAUAAUCGGUAAAGGUUCACACUUUAUGUUGGAUUCCAUCCAUAUGGGUAGGCACGAUGGUUCCUCCGAGGAAGACGAGAGAGUGAGAAGAAGUGAUAGAGAGAGGGGUCAUAGGGGUAGUAAUACUAGGGUCACAGCUGAUAAGCCUUCUGAUGAUAGGCAAAAAAGUAGGAGUGAAAGCGAGAGGAAACAAGAAGGUCUCUUAAAGAGAGAUUGGUCUGAUAGUCAAAGAGACAAGCUGAGAAACGAAGAGAAGAGUGAAGUUGCGAAGCCCAAGUUACCAGAACUCAACCCGUCUGAUAGCAAUGCUAUGGCUUUGGGCAAAACCGGUGGAGUUUAUAUCCCUCCGUUCAAGCUAGCACGGAUGAUGAACGAGGUGGAGGACAAGAGCAGCGUAGAGUAUCAGCGUCUUACAUGGGACGCUCUCCGUAAAAGUAUCAACGGGCUGGUGAAUAAGGUUAACGCAAGCAACAUCAAGAACAUUAUCCCUGAGCUGUUUGCUGAGAAUCUCAUCAGAGGAAGGGGGCUUUUCUGCCGUUCGUGUAUGAAGUCUCAGAUGGCGUCUCCUGGGUUUACCGAUGUCUUUGCAGCUUUGGUCGCUGUUAUCAACGCCAAGUUCCCAGAAGUUGCUGAGCUUUUGUUGAAAAGAGUCGUUUUGCAGCUGAAGAGAGCUUAUAAGCGUAACGACAAGCCUCAACUGCUAGCUGCUGUGAAGUUUAUAGCACAUCUAGUAAACCAGCAAGUCGCUGAGGAGAUCAUUGCGCUUGAACUAGUCUCUUUACUUCUGGAAACUCCGACUGAUGACAGUGUCGAGGUGGCCGUUGGAUUCGUGACAGAGUGUGGUGCGAUACUCCAGGAUCUUACACCAAAAGGAUUGCAUGGAAUUUUUGAGAGGUUUCGUGGUAUACUGCACGAAGGAGAUAUAGAUAAGAGAGUUCAGUAUUUGAUUGAAGGGCUCUUUGCUAUUAGGAAAGCGAAGUUUCAGGGACAUCCAGCUGUUCGUCCGGAGCUAGAUCUUGUGGAAGAAAAAUAUUCGCACGAUGUAUCUCUUAAUGAUAAAAUAUCUCCUGAUACCUCUCUAGAUGUCUUCAAACCUGAUCCUGACUUCAUUGAGAACGAGAAGAAGUACGAGGCGCUGAAGAAGGAGUUACUUGGUGAGGAUGAGUCUGAGGAUGAAGACGGCUCUGAUGCUAGCUCAGAGGAAGAUGGGUCUGAUGAAGAAGAAGAUGAAGAACAAAUGAGGAUAAGAGAUGAGACAGAGACAAAUCUUGUUAAUCUUAGGAGGACAAUAUACCUGACCAUUAUGUCCAGCGUCGAUUUUGAGGAAGCUGGUCACAAGUUACUUAAAAUUAAACUUGAACCUGGUCAAGAGAUGGAACUGUGCAUAAUGCUUCUGGAGUGUUGCUCUCAGGAGAGAACGUAUCUGCGCUACUACGGUUUGUUGGGUCAGCGUUUCUGUAUGAUCAACAAGAUUCACCAAGAGAAUUUCGAGAAGUGUUUCGUUCAGCAGUACUCUAUGAUUCACCGUCUUGAAACGAACAAGCUGCGUAACGUGGCUAAGUUUUUCGCUCAUUUACUGGGCACAGAUACUCUUCCAUGGCAUGUGCUUGCCUAUAUUCGUUUAACCGAGGAGGACACUACUUCAUCUUCCCGUAUCUUCAUUAAGAUCCUUUUCCAGGAAUUGUCAGAGCACUUGGGGAUUAGGCUGCUUAAUGAGAGGCUUCAGGAUCCAACAAUGCAGGAGUCACUUGAAUCCAUCUUCCCUAAAGACAAUCCAAAGAACACUAGGUUUGCAAUCAACUUCUUUACCUCCAUUGGUCUUGGAGGGAUCACCGAGAGUCUCAGAGAGUAUCUGAAGAACAUGCCACGCCUCAUCAUGCAACAACAGAAGCAAGUUGCGGAGUCAGAAUCAUCGUCUGGAUCAGACAGUUCCGAGUCUGAUUCUGAUACUGAUUCAUCUUCUUCUUCUAGUUCGGAUGAAAGCGACAGAGAGAAGAGGAAGCGAAGAAGAAGAGCUUGAGAGGUUGUAUUGUCAAGUCAUUUCUACCAAAAAUUCUUCAGAUUUUUGAAUCUUGGUUUGGUUAUCCAACUAGAGUAAACAUGAGAGAACUCAAUGAGCAAGCAUCUGGAUCUGUUAUUGGAUAAGUUGAUGAACAAAGACUACAAGAGACUACACUAGCUAGACAACCAAGGUUGAACUGAAAUUUUUUCUUCGCUUAUUGUCAGUUAAAAAGACCCUUGUUAUUUACAAAUUGAUCUUUAUUUAUACAACAUAAGAAGUAUACAACAACAUCAUAUGUAAGCUGCAGGUUCUCCGAGGUGGUUGCAUGAUUUUUUUGUUUUGAUUUUCAAAAGCAAUGUAACAACUCAGUGUAAUUCUUGCCUCAGUUCCUAUUCAAACUGGUUUGCCUUUUGCUCA